CCCGUUUCCCCCACGCUCCCCUUAUCACCUUCUCUUCUAUGGAAUGAAUCCUCCGACUUGAAUCCAAAACAUCUUCUCAAAUCUUCCGAAAAUGCCAUCACGCCCCUCUCCGCCGGUUCAUAACCGUCUCCAGACGCUUCCGGUUAUCCUAACCGGUUCCCUCGCCUUAACCGGAGCCUUACUCGUCCUCCUAACCAUCCUCCUCUACCGGAAACUCUCCCGGAACCGAACCGCUCCCUCGGAUGCCUCUCCUCAGCACUACCAAUGCCGCCGCUUCUCCUACUCCCAGCUCCGCCGCGCGACGAACUCGUUCUCCGACUCCUCCCAGCUCGGCCACGGCGGGUUCGGCACCGUCUACAAAGCCGAUCUCCCGAGCGGCGUCUCCCUCGCCGUCAAAGUCAUGGACUCCUCCGCCGGGGCCUUACAGGGCGAGCGGGAGUUUCACAACGAGCUCUCUCUCUCCUCUCGCCUGGCGAGCUCGCCUCACGUCGUCUCCCUCCUCGGAUUCUCCUCCGAUCGGCGUAACCGGAGGCUCGUGCUGGUCUACGAGCUCAUGCCUAACCGGAGCUUGCAGGAGGCGCUUCUUGGGGCUCUUAAGUGCGAGGAGCUUAUGGAUUGGAGGAAAAGGUUCGAGAUUGCGACGGAUGUAGCUAAAGGGAUUGAGUUUCUUCACCAUCGGUGUGAUCCGCCGAUUAUUCACGGCGAUGUGAAGCCGAGUAAUGUUCUUCUUGAUUCCGAUUUCAAGGCAAAGAUAGGAGAUUUUGGUCUCGCGAGAGUAAAGUCUGAGGCUUUGGCUUUGGUGAGUGGUGGUGGGGACGAGACUAGGAUUCUGAUUGAGGAAGAUGAUGAUGGGAAGAGAAAGGAAGAUGAUAACGGGUCGAUUCGCGAGGAGUGUGAGAGUGUGAUUACUUUGUUCGAAGAAGGUAACGCCGUGAGUUUCUCGCCGGAGAAUGGGAUUGGAGCUUCUCCGGGGGUGGGAUCGGUGGUUUCGCCGGAGAAUUGUGGAAGCAGCGUUUUCACGGCGUCUCCGGGACCGGCAUUGAUACCCUCGCCGGAGAACUGUGCUGUUACGUCUCCGGGAGGAGCAUCACCGGAGCAAAUGAGUGUGGAGAGUGGUGGGAAGCAAAAGGUGGGGUCGAGGAGAGAUUGGUGGUGGAAACAAGACAACAACGGUGGAAGCAGAGGAGUGGUUGAGUCAGGGAGUGUGAAAGACUAUGUGAUGGAGUGGAUUGGGAGUGAGAUUAAGAAAGACAACAAGGAGUGGAUCAAAAACGGUGAUGGGUCAGCAUCAUCAUCGGUCUCUAAGAAGAAGAAGAAGAAGAGGAAGCCUAGAGAGUGGUGGAAGGAAGAGUUUUGUGAAGAGCUAACUAGAAAGAAGAGGAAGAAGAAGAAGAAAAAUAAAAGAGGGUUAAGCUCAAUCUCAAGCAUUGAAUCUUGGUUUCACAGAGACAAUGAUGAUGAACAGUCUCAUAAUCCUACCAAGAGGAAAAAGAGGAAUAGUAUAGACUGGUGGGUAGAUGGGUUAAGCGGAGAUUUAAAAUCAGUUAAAAAACAAAGCCAAGACUCUGGUCUAUGGUGUGACGUGAAUGUUCAGAAGAGUGGUGGAGUAAGCAGCACACCGAGCAUGAGAGGUACGGUGUGUUACAUUGCACCGGAAUGUGGUGGCGGUGGUGGUGGAGGCGUGUUGUCUGAGAAAUGUGAUGUCUACAGUUUCGGGGUUCUGCUCUUGGUUCUUGUCUCGGGGAGACGGCCGUUGCAGGUGACCGCAUCGCCUAUGUCGGAGUUUGAGAGGGCUAAUCUGAUAUCAUGGGCUAAGCAAUUGGCUUGUCAUGGUAACUUAUUGGAGUUGGUUGAUAAGUCUAUACAUUCUUUGGAGAAAGAGCAAGCGGUUCUUUGUGUUACUAUAGCGUUGCUUUGUCUGCAAAGGUCUCCGGUUAAGAGACCGACGAUGAAGGAGAUUGUUGAGAUGCUUACCGGUGCGUUUGAGCCACCGCAUUUGCCGUUUGAGUUCUCACCGUCUCCGCCUAUGGGGUUUCCAUUUAAGUCAAGGAAGAAAGCACGGUGAAGAUGAGCUCAAACAAGUGUAGAUUUGUCUGGUUCAAAAACACUAAACCAAUUGCUAGUUGUAGAAACUGUUUAAUUCCAUAACGUUAGAUUCUUGCAAAUAGUUAUGAAGAUUAGUAUGUCAUUGCAGACUAUUUCAACUACUAAUGCAGAAUCUAUAUUCAGACCACA